UUUCCAUGACUGGUGCAGGGUUUAAAUCAUGCAUAGUGAAUGCUAAUCUAACCGUAUGUGUUACUUCCUUCUAGUGGUUUCCGUCACAGUUUUUUAUUAUAUCUUUUCUUAAUAUUUAACAAUUUUGGACCUCUGUCCUCCGUUCAUCGACCCAAUGAGUUGUAAUGUCAAAGGUUACACCAGAACUCGUUUCUUGCUUUGGUAUACAUGCCGGUGGCAAUAACCACACCAACAAAAAUACAUCGCUUUACUGACGUACACCGGCCGCAAAACCACUGCAAAAGUGGAAGCUUCGUUGGUUGUCGUUGUCGCGUCAUUGUUAUUAGAAGCUCAUGAUGAGAUGGUGAUCAUGAUAAUGAUAAGCUGAUGAUGAUAUACCUAUGCGCUUAUGUUAUUUUAAGGUUUUAUCACGCCAAAAAGCUAAACGAACAGUCACGUUACAGUCGCAGCCCAUACGACGACAUUGGCUGAAACCUAGUCCGCUACGAGUUCAAAAUAUUUUUUUCUCCGCCCUAAUAUUUAAGUGAAGCAUUCACUGUAGUCAGUUUAUUUAAUGUGUAGUUUAUGAUAUGACUUUUUAGUGGGGUAGUUUAUGCUAAUUGCUAAUACUUUGCUUGUAUUAUUUUUUAAAUUACAGCAAAUUAAGAGAAACGUUUCUGCUAUAAAUCCGAGACUAAUCUAAGACAUCCAUUUUGUACCCCUGAGUAUAUAUUACGAAGCCAACUUAAACGCAAAGUUGCAUAUUAUUACUUAAGCAAAAUUACAUAAGGUCUGUUUCAUCUCACCCAUUUUUAAGUAGAAGAUGCGCUGGUAUGUAUCUAAUUCGUUGAGCUUUGUAACCCGAUUUAAGCUUUUGCCUGAAUGAGUCAUCGCCUCACACAUACGAUCAUUUAGGUUCUACAGAGACUGAAUCGGGCCUUUGCAAACGUACAAGGGAUAACGAAGAUACAACACUUAUUUAAUUUUUUUUUUAUUCACACAGGUUAUGCAAGCUAAACAUCUAAGGUAUCUGCAAAAAAAGAUUAGCUCACUUUCACCCUCCUGCUGAAUAGGGUUAGAUAAUGCGAGUGAGCACUUUCAUACCGAAAAACCUGUCCACACAAAGCAGUUUGUUUUAAUUACUGUAAUUUUUCCGUUGUUGUCGAGAAACUUGUAUGCUGUACCUAGUGUCAAAGUUUAAAAUAUUUUGUUUGCAGCUGUUUUGCAGCGUAUAUUGAUGCAUCGCUGUCGAUAUGCAUUUCCAUACUAGCAUAUCCUGUUCCCUGGAAGGAAAUAGCGGCUCCAGCAGACUAGGCACAACUGACGGGCCUCCGAACGAUUUUUUUCAAGAUAUUCCACGAUGUCGUCGAAACCUCUCAACAUUAUUAUAUGCGUAUUCUGCAAAGUUACGUCGACGCAAAAUUACAGAUGUAACAGUCUCUUGCAUAGGCUACCUUCUUCUAUUCUUAUAAUCCUAAUAAUAAUCCUCUAUUAUUCAUGAAAAUCAUAAUGUAUCUUAUAACGCGAUAUUUCUAUGCACACGGUAAACAUGCACUGUUUUCUACUGCUCCUCUAUGAAAAAGCCUCCUCUUUCAGUUCUCGAUCUUCACGCAUCUUGUCCAUUCCGGUUUACUCUCCUCCAUCGCAUGAGUAGCGACGUUGUUCUUGUGGAAACGUGCCCUCCCAUAUUACGCGCGUCGACUCGUCGUGAACAGCUGAUGUGCCCAACUACGCCUUCCCGAGACUGGUGGGACAAGCAAAAGACUUUGUCUUUCGUUUUGUCUGCAGUCGCGUAAAGUAUUCAAUUGUGUUAAUCCGCAGUGUCUUCCUGACAGUCGAUGGUGUUCUCCGGCAUUCCUUCGCUCUCCGCUCCCCUCCGGUCCUCUCCUAUAAGAAGCACAACAGCCAACAGCAUACCCCAACACACCUUCUCCUUGACCGAGGAGACCUGCGCAACCGAUGUACUUAAGCCAACCGAAAACCAGCCUAUUUGGUAUUACACCGAUCGAGCUUCACAACGCGUUAGUUGCCUCAAUAGACCUUAUAGUGUAAAUCAAGAGGCUGGAGCACACUGUGCAAGCGGAUUUUCACAGGGUGCACCUUGUAGUGGUUCGUCUAUUGCGCGUGAUUGUGACAACGAGUCCCCACUGUCGAUCAGCGGCAGGGACGAAGUUUGUAGAAACGUGGAGGUCGAGAGGUUGAGGGAGACCUGUCAAGUUCUCUUCAGCAAUCCUCUUGCACCCCCAAAAAUGGCUGCAAACGGCAAGCGUGCUUUCAUGCUCUCGGCUGGGCUACACACCAGCGGAAUCGACAGCUCAUUAAAAUCAGGCUACACAGCGGAAAGUAGUUGCGAAACAAACACUAACUUGCUAGGAGCUCAGCUUCGACAGCGGUCUACAUCAGCUCGACAAUUUCUGUCAUCCUUCAAUUCCUCUAUUGAGUAUACUACCUACUUAGGAUGGCAUACGCUUAGCAGUGACCUUAGUGAAAAGAUUCGCCAGGGCUCAAUAAGAGUAAAUCGCCAUAAUACCUUGGAGUAUGCCACUAUUGAUGAGGAACGCGCUCAUGGGGACAAGGUACCUUUGCUUAGACGUGUACAGUCGUCAGGUUCAAUGCAAGGCAUCUCAUGGGAAGUGGCCGCUUUUCUCCUAGUAAAUACGGCUCUGGGCGCAGGUGUUCUCAACUAUCCAUCGGCAUACGAGAAGGCUGGUGGGAUUAUUGCUGCAACCAUCCUUCAAGUUGUGAUGAUGUUUGCAUUGGGUGCCACUAUGAUGGUUUUGGCGUAUUGCUCGGAUGUCAAUGGCGAUAGUACAUACCACGAUGUACUUCUCUCGACAGUCGGCCGCAAAGCACAACAAUUGGCAGCCUGUUCCAUUUUGAUCACGUGCUAUGGAGUGUCAAUUACAUUCCUCAUCAUCAUUGGUGACCAAUAUGACCGGUUGUUCCUGUCGCUAUUUGGUGAUGGCUUUUGUCACGAUUGGUAUCUUUCCCGAGAGUUUACCAUCGCCAUCACAGCCAGCAUUUUCGUUCUGCCCAUCUGCUACUUUCAGAGACUGGAUUUUCUUAAAUAUGCUAGCUCGCUGGGAAUAUUCGCCAUGUUAUAUCCGGUAUUCUUGACAGGCUAUGUUUAUUAUACACGGGAUAUCCAAUCGGAGUUUAGGGAGCCUCCACCCCUCAUAUCAAGUCAAGGUUGGAUGGACCUACUAUCAAUAGUUCCAGUAACGUGCUUCGCUUACCAAACGCACGAGGUUCUAGUACCCAUUUACUGCAAUAUGCGAGAACGUAACGCAACAUCUCUCGUUAAGGCAACGAUCGUUUGUAUGAUUGUCUUGUUUUUAAUCUACUCUGCGAUGGGCACCUUUGGAUUGCUUGCCUUUGGACAUAAUGUUAAGCCUGACAUUAUGCAGAUGUUCGAUGGACAAAGGCCUGAAGUUCUUCUUGGUAUCGCGGCACUGAUUAUCAAGAUGAUAACUUCAUAUCCGCUCUUGGUGAUCUGCGGCCGUGGGGCGUUCGACGGGCUAUAUGCUGAGAUUUGCAGUAUUUCAACUGAAGAUUUUAUUCUUCAUGAGAAACGUCGAAGGAUUAUCAUUACUACACUAUGGUUUCUCUCUACAGUGACUUUGGCCAUUAGUCUGUCCAACAUUGGAGUUGUAAUUGAAAUGCUUGGAUGUCUUGCAUGCGCAAACAUUUUCGUCUUUCCAGGCAUCUGUUGUAUUGGAAUGUAUUGCAAGCGGGCGCGAUUCCGGCUCCGUCAUCCGAAGUUUAUGCUGGGCGCAGGCAUCGCAAUGGUUGUCAUGGGCAGCGUUUUGUUCCCGCUUGUCCUUUACAAGUCUGUCAAUGAAUGGACCCACGGAUCAGGCCACCAUCUGCUCUGCGUUCAUUAAGAUUGAGGCCAGUGUCGCACGAGACAUUGUUUCCUUCAAUUUCAUGGCGAAGCUUUUAAAUUGUCUUUGCUUAUACGCUUCGAGGGCACUGUGUUCAUCAAACAAACAAAAAUGGCACUGAGCACCAUAAAAUAAAGAAGCCAGUCGAAGCGGCGCAUAUAGACAAUGUAUGGUCUAGAAGCCUAGGUUCAAAAAUAGCUUAGUCCUUUCCUACUAAUGAAGUAGCCUAAAACGCUUGUUUCAAAUACUUCACAUUUCGUUUGUGGCUGUUGUCAAGAGCGCUUAAUUCUUUUAGACCUUAACGUUUUAAAUUACAAUUCGUCUAUCCGCUAAAAGGCAUCAGUAAUGAAAAACGUCACUGUUGUUGAAAAGACAAUCAUUGACCCUUUACACUUCGCGGCUAAAUCGAAUAUGCACGAAAAAUGCGUCAACUGUGUAUAUUUGACCUUCUUGUGGACACGCGUGCCCCAAAGGGCGGAAAUAGCGAAUAGGACGCGGUGCGCGCAUCGCUUAUUGAUUCCGAUGGACGAUGAAAGACGAAUGCGCAGACAAUGUACUGUACAAAGUAUUUAAAUAUAUUAGAAUAUCCGUUACUAAUUCGUACUUUUCAGUAUGUCAGGGCAAUAAUAUUUUAUAUAUUCCCAAACUACUUAUAAUAACAAACCAGCUAACUGAGCAAUGAGAAUGACGGUCGCGAAAAGAAAGCGUAGGGGGCAUAGUAAUAAUAAAAGCAAAAUACGUAUCAAAUGGAACUUAACGUCAGGACAAAGAAUUGUUGAUUAGCUUGGUCCUGUGACAGUUGAUAUGUUAGAUGUUUGUGAUCAAAAAGGCAGCUUAUUAUGAAACUCGAAUGUUAGCCCUGCGGCAAUGUGACUCAAUGAGAAAGUCACGCAAGCUUGCGUAAGAAUUAUUGCCCUCUAACAUGCGAUAAAGUUGACUGUAAUAUUUAAAUAGGGUUUAAAGUGCUUCAUUCAUAAUGUGCAUAAAUAAACACACUGAAACAAACCGUAUCGCCUUGGUGAAUUUACGUCACUAGUGGCGAUAGUGUAAAUAGUUCAGCUGAACGCCAUAGCAAUGAUGUUUUCACACCAGCAUUUCAAUUUAAUGCAAAGUCACACUCAGAAUUUCGCUUACCUAUUGUUGGAUAAGUACUUUGCGAAACUUGGGCGUACCUAAAACUAAGGAACGGCUACCCCGUGGUAUAUCUACAAUAACGUGUUAGCUCGGACAUAGUUUGUUCGAAGACUUACGAAUGCGUCUAAAUUUUUUGAGUUAUGGCUAGCCAUGGGUCGCAGUCACCAACCAGCUCGGAGUCAGCUGUGUAUGCCAUAAAUACAUGAAUCAGUAUUGCCAUAGGUUGGAUGCACACAACGUAUCCAAGCGAUCAAAUGGUGGGAUCCAAGUGGUGAAUUGUCGGAUGAUAAGCAUA